AUGGCUUCAGUUCGGUUCAUGGUGACUCCAACCAAGAUCGAUGACAUUCCAGGUCUAUCAGACACCAGCCCGGAUCUCAGCUCUCGAUCCAGUUCCAGGGUGAGAUUUAGCUCCCGGGAAAGCGUGCCUGAAACCAGCCGGAGUGAGCCAGUGAGUGAGACUUCGGGGAUCACCACUUCGCUGGCAACUGUUGCGCUGGACCCAGCCAGUGACCGGACUUCUAACCCCCAGGAUGCUACUGAGGACCCGAAUCAGAACUCCAUCACAGGGGAACACAGCCAACUGUUAGAUGAUGGGCAUAAGAAAGCUCGGAAUGCUUAUCUCAAUAAUUCUAACUAUGAAGAAGGAGAUGAAUAUUUUGAUAAAAACUUGGCACUCUUUGAGGAAGAAAUGGACACUAGACCAAAGGUGUCUUCUCUCCUCAACCGCAUGGCGAAUUAUACAAAUCUGACGCAAGGAGCAAAAGAACAUGAAGAGGCAGAGAACAUUACUGAAGGGAAAAAGAAACCCACCAAGAGUCCCCAAAUGGGUACCUUUAUGGGUGUCUACCUCCCAUGUCUACAGAAUAUUUUUGGAGUGAUCUUGUUUCUGCGCCUCACAUGGGUGGUUGGCACAGCUGGAAUUCUUCAGGCCUUUGCAAUUGUCCUUAUCUGCUGCUGCUGUACAUUAUUGACUGCUAUCUCCAUGAGUGCCAUUGCCACAAAUGGAGUUGUGCCAGCUGGAGGCUCGUACUUUAUGAUUUCUAGGGCCCUGGGCCCAGAAUUUGGUGGGGCUGUUGGCCUCUGCUUUUAUCUUGGUACCACAUUUGCAGCAGCCAUGUAUAUCCUUGGUGCCAUUGAAAUUUUUCUGGUAUAUAUUGUCCCUCGGGCUGCUAUCUUUCGUAGUGAUGAUGUACUCAAGGAAUCAGCAGCCAUGCUAAACAACAUGCGUGUCUAUGGCACAGCCUUCUUGGUCCUUAUGGUAUUGGUGGUGUUCAUUGGUGUACGCUAUGUGAACAAGUUUGCCUCGCUUUUCCUGGCCUGUGUGAUUGUGUCCAUCUUGGCCAUUUAUGCUGGAGCCAUCAAGUCUUCUUUUGCCCCUCCACACUUCCCGGUCUGCAUGCUGGGUAACCGUACCCUUUCAUCACGACAUAUUGAUGUUUGCUCUAAGACUAAAGAACUUAACAACAUGACAGUACCAACUAAGUUAUGGGGCUUCUUCUGUAAUUCAAGUCAAUUUUUCAAUGUCACCUGUGAUGAAUACUUUGUUCACAAUAAUAUCACUUCAAUCCAGGGCAUUCCUGGAUUGGUUAGUGGUGUAAUUAAAGAGAAUCUUUGGAGUAAUUAUUUACCAAAGGGAGAGAUCAUUGAAAAACCCUCAGCCAAAUCUUCUGAUGUCUUAGGCAGUUUAAACCAUGAGUAUGUCCUUGUUGACAUCACCACUUCCUUCACUCUUCUGGUGGGGAUCUUCUUUCCCUCAGUAACAGGUAUCAUGGCUGGAUCAAACAGAUCUGGAGAUCUGAAAGAUGCCCAGAAGUCUAUUCCUAUUGGCACUAUCCUUGCCAUCCUGACCACCUCCUUCGUCUAUCUAAGCAAUGUUGUCCUUUUUGGUGCAUGUAUUGAAGGUGUUGUUCUCAGAGACAAGUUUGGAGAUGCUGUGAAAGGCAAUCUGGUAGUAGGUACCUUGUCUUGGCCAUCUCCAUGGGUGAUUGUCAUUGGCUCUUUUUUCUCAACAUGUGGAGCUGGACUUCAGAGCCUCACUGGUGCACCAAGACUGCUACAGGCUAUCGCCAAGGAUAACAUCAUACCUUUUCUGAGGGUUUUUGGCCAUAGCAAAGCCAAUGGAGAACCUACAUGGGCUUUACUUUUAACUGCUGCCAUUGCAGAGCUGGGAAUCCUUAUCGCCUCCCUGGACCUUGUGGCCCCAAUUCUUUCCAUGUUUUUUCUCAUGUGUUACCUCUUUGUGAACUUAGCCUGUGCCUUGCAAACAUUACUUCGAACACCCAACUGGAGACCCCGGUUUCGUUACUACCAUUGGGCCCUCUCUUUCAUGGGAAUGAGUAUCUGUCUGGCGCUGAUGUUCAUUUCUUCCUGGUACUAUGCCAUUGUAGCUAUGGUGAUAGCUGGUAUGAUCUACAAAUACAUUGAAUACCAAGGAGCUGAGAAGGAAUGGGGUGAUGGUAUACGUGGGCUGUCCCUCAGCGCAGCCCGGUUUGCUUUGCUUCGGCUGGAGGAAGGGCCUCCACACACUAAAAACUGGAGGCCUCAGUUGCUUGUUUUGCUGAAACUAGAUGAAGACUUACACGUCAAGCAUCCUCGCCUCCUUACCUUUGCUUCACAGCUAAAAGCAGGAAAAGGCCUCACUAUUGUGGGUUCUGUCAUUGUGGGAAACUUCCUAGAGAACUAUGGAGAAGCUUUAGCAGCUGAGCAGACAAUAAAACACCUAAUGGAGGCAGAGAAAGUGAAAGGAUUCUGUCAGCUGGUGGUGGCUGCUAAACUGAAAGAAGGCAUUUCCCACCUCAUCCAGUCAUGUGGCCUGGGAGGCAUGAAGCACAACACAGUGGUUAUGGGAUGGCCUAAUGGCUGGCGCCAGAGUGAAGAUGCUCGAGCUUGGAAGACUUUUAUCGGCACAGUUCGAGUGACAACUGCUGCCCAUCUAGCCCUCCUUGUGGCUAAAAAUGUCUCCUUUUUCCCAAGUAAUGUGGAGCAGUUUUCUGAGGGUAACAUUGAUGUGUGGUGGAUCGUGCAUGAUGGUGGGAUGCUUAUGCUAUUACCAUUCCUACUGAAACAGCACAAGGUGUGGCGAAAAUGCAGUAUUCGGAUCUUCACAGUAGCCCAACUAGAAGACAACAGUAUUCAGAUGAAGAAGGACCUGGCAACCUUCCUGUAUCACCUUCGUAUUGAGGCCGAGGUGGAAGUGGUGGAGAUGCAUGACAGUGACAUAUCAGCUUAUACUUACGAGCGCACCCUGAUGAUGGAGCAGAGGUCCCAGAUGCUUCGGCACAUGAGACUGUCCAAAACAGAGCGGGACAGAGAGGCCCAGCUGGUAAAAGACCGGAAUUCAAUGCUAAGAUUAACCAGCAUUGGCUCUGAUGAAGAUGAAGAGACAGAAACCUAUCAGGAGAAAGUUCAUAUGACUUGGACAAAAGACAAGUAUAUGGCAACCCGGGGACAAAAAGCCAAAUCAAUGGAAGGAUUUCAGGACCUGCUUAACAUGCGUCCUGACCAGUCCAACGUGAGGCGGAUGCAUACUGCCGUGAAGCUCAAUGAAGUUAUCGUUAACAAAUCCCAUGAAGCAAAGCUGGUUUUGCUGAACAUGCCAGGGCCUCCCCGAAAUCCUGAGGGUGAUGAAAACUACAUGGAGUUUCUAGAAGUCCUCACUGAGGGACUAGAACGAGUCCUCCUUGUCCGAGGUGGCGGCAGUGAAGUGAUCACCAUUUAUUCCUAGUCUGCUCCUGAAUGUCUCUGCUUGGCUUCACGUAUGCUACAAGGCUUCCAUCUUCCAUGGAAUGUCCAGCUCUCUACCACCACUCCAAUGAACUAGAGAUCUGCAGUAUGUACAUGUCACACUGAACUCUUGAUGAGUUGAGCCUCAAGAACUUAUAUAUAUGUCUGUUCUUUGCUCCCACAUGAUCUGCUCUCCUUACAGAAGCAAAUAUUCCCUCAGUGCCAGAACAGUAGUCAAGUCCUAAAAGCCGUGUCUGUACCAGCACAAGGAAAGCUAGAAUAAGCAAAACCAGUAAAACUGGCAAAAGGAACACUAGAAAUUCAUCUGAAGACAAAAAGCUAGUGUGUAUCCAGCAUUUAAGAUGAAUCUCUUCAGUCAUGAUUCAAUGAUACCAUGGAAGUCACUGAACAGCGAGACACAGCCUUAUCAUACUAAAGAAUUAAGGCCAAGUACAUGGGCCUAAUAUCCUUGUGGAAAUGACCUAUGGCAAGCUACUACAGAAACCCUUGCUGACUUGUUUUCUUUAUUGCUCACUGCUCUCGUGGACUCUUAUGAGGGAGGAUACUAAUAUACAAAAACUGAAACAUGGCCACAACCUCUACUUCCUCCAAAAUGAAAGACACUCCCCCCCCCCCCCAAAAAAAAAAAUACCAGGCUUAAGUACACUUAAUGUGUUGGUAAAUAUUUCAGCUGUCUCUCAAAAUCCAUUCCUCAGUUAAGGCAGUUAUACAAGUAGUGUUACUAUUUUUUUUUUACUUGUUAAGGUGGAGUAGAAAUUUCUGGUUCUUUUCAAAGAUGGCCCAAACUAUUAAGAUUUCAGUAAAAAUGUCUACUAUUUACAUGACAUGAACAAGACACACAAGCUGCUGUGUAAGAAAUACCGAUGACAUACAUGACUAGUAGGUUCUUUUUAUUUUUGCCCAUGUCAAAAAUAACAGGACACUAGGAAAACCAGCUAAAAUUCUCCCCUAAAAGCUUUGGACUACCAAAGGGGAAGUCUAGCAAUGGAAUUGCAAGUUCUAAAGCCAUAUUCUUUCCAGUGCCAAAGUUACUGAGUUGCUGCUAUUCUUACCUACUCCAUUCAAGUGGCAUAUAAUUGGCAUUAGUCUGAAGAAACUUUUAUUCCACAAAGAAAUUUGUGAGCUCAUUUCCAAAGCCAUAAUUACUGCAGCACUUAGCUAAAUGCAGUUUUAGCAUUUUUUUUUUUCCUUUCAAGUUUAUUCUUCAUUAUGACUGCAGAAACUUGGUUCUGAACAAAUGUAUUAUCCAGGUCAAUAAGCUUCUAUUCCUUUUUGUUUUCAGAAAGCUCUAAGUGUGUCAAGGGAAUACUUCUACAAGCUUAGGUUUUUAUUUGCUAAUUUACCCAUCAAAAACACCCGGCUUUCAAAUAGAGGGAAACUACUAUAUGGCUGAGUGGUAAUUUUAAAUAGGUGAAAUCUUCAUUUUUACAAGAUGAUAUAUUUACAAAAACACCUUGCUUAUAUUUAUGGCUGCUCUUGAAUUUUACUACUUUUGAUUACAUAAUAGGAUACAGAGCAAACUGGCCUAUGUGCUAGUAGACUAUUAGUUCAGUUCUUCAAGGACAGAGAAAAGCUUCACUGACUUAAGAAAUUGAGUCAUUUUCAAUCAAAACAAAAUGUGCAGUGAGGAAAGAAAAUUGAGUCAUUUUGAUUUGUUCCCCCUACUCUUCUUUCAACCUGCAGGCCCUAAUUAGGAUAGCAAAACAGACGAGAUCUUUUAAGUUUUUUGGUUGUUCUCUCUCUUUUUCCCUCCUCCUCUUCCUCCUGCAGAUAGAUGGUAGAAGCACUGUUUACAACUUCCAUUGCUUGACUGAGUCCACCUAUAUCUGGGGCAGGUCCCCUAGGACCAUAUAUUUCCAUACAGAAAAAAAUAUGGGCAGAAAAUAAGGUUAAUUUUAGAAGAACACUUUGUGGUUGGAGCUCUGUAAGAGCUUUUGAGUGUAAGGCAAUUUAGUAGCUAUUAACAGUAGCCACUACUUUAGCCCCUAAGACAAAAAUUCACUGUUACAUGGGAAAAUGGGUGUUAAGCCAGGUUUAAACUCAUCUCUGUCUAUAGCAUUUCAUAUGUAUGUGUUGCUUAUGUUUGUCUAUAGUGUCUUGUCUUUUCAAAUCACUGCAAAUAAAGCAAUACUUAAAACUUGAGCAAGAAUGCACCUUAGGGGAAAGGGAUUUGUGUUUCAGUAAGGAAGAAAAAGACUUCCCUCUGCCUUUUUUAGUAAGAUCCAGCUUUUGAGUCGUAGCUAUCACUUUACCAGGGCAGGUUAUGAUAAUAUAUUCUCCAACUGCUGGCCCUCUGCCUUCAAUAGCUAUCUUAAAAGCUGAAGUUUGAAUUUGCAGCAUCUGCUUGGCAGGUGAUCCACGUUCUUCUUGGCAGAGAGAGAUCAUUUCUCUUGACUCUUCCACUGCCUCAGAUUCCUGUGGCCCUGGCCAUCCCAUCAAUCCUCAUACCUCCCCCCCAUUAAAAAAAAAAAUCCAUUACUGUGGAUAUUAAAAUAGUAAUUAUACUGUAAGCAUAAGUAUAUUUAUUGUGCUGUUUUUGUCUUUGUUUUUCUUUUCAUCAUGUACUCUUGAAUUCUGACAUUAUCCACAAGUGUCUCCAGCAGAAUUUCUUUUGUCAUAGCUUGUGUUAAAUAGAAGUAAAUAUUAAGGAAAAUAGAUCUAAGGAAAACUUGUGCGACUAUUUUUUAAGUAUUGUUCAUUUAAUUUAUUGAAAGGAAAUGCUGCUGUGGUUCUUGAUUAGCAGCAAACAUUUUUUGUUUACAUAGUUUUCUUUGUCGUUUUGCUCUGUACUGGAAACAUAAAUAAAAUUUUCUACAUUAUUUUCAGUCAA